CAAGAAUGCAGCAAGAGCCCAGCCUCCAGAGAACAUGGAGAAAAACAAAGGCCGAUCCCUCAGGAUUCGGCUAAUAUUUGGCACUCUUUACCCUGCAUAUUAUUCCUACAAGGCUGUGAAGUCAAAGGACAUUAAAGAAUAUGUCAAAUGGAUGAUGUACUGGAUUAUAUUUGCACUAUUCACCACAGCAGAGACAUUCACCGACAUCUUCCUUUGUUGGUUUCCAUUCUAUUAUGAACUAAAAAUAGCAUUUGUAGCCUGGCUGCUGUCUCCCUACACAAAAGGCUCCAGCCUCCUCUACAGGAAGUUUGUACAUCCCACGCUGUCUUCAAAAGAAAAGGAAAUUGAUGAUUGCCUGGUCCAAGCGAAAGACCGAAGUUAUGAUGCCCUUGUGCACUUUGGGAAGCGAGGCUUGAACGUGGCGGCCACAGCAGCGGUGAUGGCUGCUUCCAAGGGACAAGGUGCCUUAUCGGAGCGACUCCGGAGCUUCAGCAUGCAGGAUCUCUCCACCAUCAGGGGAGACGGAGCCCCUGCUCCCUCAGGCCCCCCUCCACCGGGCCCUGGGCGGGCCAGCGGCAAGCACGGCCAGCCUAAGAUGUCCAGGAGUGCUUCUGAGAGCGCUGGCAGCUCAGUGUGUACCUGCUGCUCCACCUGCAGGACCCGGAAAGUGGUUGAGGGCGAUGUGGAUGAGGGUGGUGUAAAGGCCUGGGGGCCCCACCAGGUCCAAAACCCACUGGCGUUUUCUGACGAGGAGGAGGAAGACCUGCUGGACUUCAUGUACAAGUUUAAAGCACCUCGAAAGACGGAGUUCCCCCUGGAGGCACCGCCUAGAAUCCUUCGAUCUCGCUUCAGGAAGAAAAGUACCUCAUCCUCGGCCACUGAAACCACGUGAGUGAGAUGAGCCAACAGCACCGGAUCCACAGAAUGUUUCUUCUCUGCCUUAAAGAGCUAUUUAUUCACUAACCACAUAGAAAACCGCAAGCUGGUGUGCCCUGUGACAGCCUCGGACGUGGCCUUUCCUCUCUCCCCUCUAAGAGCCCCCCCUUUCCUUUUCUUUAUUUUGUUGGGGAGAGGAUAAGGAAAGGUAGUGUGUGGGGGGUGUGAUCUUAGGUCUUCUGAGGUUAGUCAUUUCCCACCAUUGGAUUGGCAUACAGACAGCAGUGUUUUUAGAAGAGAAUCCCUCCACCAAGCUGCUGAGAUGUACAUUUGUAACUUAUUUGUUGCAUACUUUGUUUUUAGUCCUAUAUAUGCAAACAAAGCAAUUUUUUAAAAACUUUUUUUUUUUUUUGGUUCUUGAUACUAAUACUUUGGACUAUGAUGUACAUAUUUAUGGCUUUUGGCUUGAUACCGUGGACUUGCAAAGGCUGCCAGAGGUUCUGAUGUAUAAGUAAACUGCAAAAACAGAAGUGUAAAAGAUUAAUUCUGGAGGGUGUCUCAGAUGUGCUUACGAAGCUUCCAAACACACCUCAAGGACAUCCGUUUUUCCUGUAGGGCGAUGCUCCGUAUUCUUCAGUCAGUAUACCAGAGAAGUUUAGAAUGGAGACAUGAUAUUUCAGUACCAGAGGUGGGUAUGAAGUCAGGGGAACAUCGUAGCAUAAGGGAAAAGUCACAGGAAGCUUGUCUCCCCCAUGGGCACAGGAUUAGGAGCUUCUGAGUCCUUCCAGGGUGGGGACUUCUCAUUGCCUUAGGCAGGUUGGCUCACCUUUGGUAGAAAUGUUUGGGGAUGUAAACUCCUGGGAUUGUUGUGACAAAUCAUUGAGUGUUUAUUUCUCCUUCAUAGUACCCUGCGCUGUGACUGGCAAAAACGAACCAAUCCAUCCAAACAAAACCAACCCUAGAACCACGCUUUGUUUCAGAUGCUCCGUGAAGCACAUCUGAGACGUCUGGGUAACGAUCCCAACCCUGGGUUCUAGAAGGUUGUAGAGGUUGCAUCUUCAUGAAUGUGACCUGCUGCUUAGCUCCACGGGCAGCGGUGGCUCGCGCCCUCUGUUUGCUUCUUGGCUUGUGUGGAGUGUGAGCCAGAGAGAAGUGGCACGUUCACGGGCACUUGUAUUUCAUACAGGCCCACUUCUUUUAGGAAGAGAACAAAGCGCCGUCUGAGGCGACUCCCUAAUUAGACUGAGAAUUUUAUCUGAAAUGAAGAAUCUGGCUGAAAUAGCAUCUUGGUCAGAGGCGGCUGCUCCCCACUGGGAGCGCCGAGCCUAAAUGUAGGACUCGUCUACUUGUGCUUAGAAUUGAUGUUUCCUUUCAGUGUGAUGCAUGCAGUGGUCACGACCCAGUUACUUAUUAUACUUGGAUUGUGUUUGUUCAUAGAUAGGCCCUGAACACUAGAGAAUUAGUGUCACGUACCACAUAGAACCUACUGUCAGUCAGCUAUAAGCAGGCCCAGUUAGAGACAGUAGCAUGACUGAGCUACACAAACCUACAUCAGUCUUUCCUGAUGACACAUUGGCUGGAUCUUAGCCACAUCGGAAAGGGUUUUACUUGAAGUUGUUACCAGAUUGCAAAUUUAAAUCCCUUUUCCUCAUAAUGCCUCUGAAGGUGACUUGGUAAUUUACAAAAGGAUUUAGGAAAAUAAACCUAAAAGCAAAUGUGGGGUUCAGGAGGGCAAACAGAGGCUGGCUGUUUAAUGUUUGUGCCCCAUACCCAUCAAUACCUAAAUCUGUUAGUGAAGACAGAAAACCUGUUUUCUUCAAGCUCACAGAGUAGUUUCAGACAGAGGAAAAAUAUAUGCUUUAAAAUGUAUUUACCUGUUAUUGGGAGUACCCAGGAUUAUCAGAAACAAAUACAAAAAAAAAAAAAAACUUAUUAAGCAGCUUUUUAGCAACUUUUUUCUUCUUUCCUGGCCAAAAUAAUAAAUGCCUUUAGCAGCAGAGAUUAAAAUCCUAUUGUAAACAAGCUAUAGUUUCACCAUUUUACAGUGGAGAGUUUUAACAAGUAUGGGCUCUCAAGUUUGCACUCAAUGAUGCCAAAAACGAGUUUGAAGCACUCUACUCUCAGACAAGCUGUAUUACUUCUCAUUUAAGAUUUUAAAAAAUAGAAAGGUACCCAAACUGCUGUCUUAAUGUAACUAUUUUUCCUUCAGGUGUUGCUUAGGGAGUUGGUUUCUUUCUUAAAAACACUCACUGUACCACUGAGAGCAGCUGUCGUAUUUCUGGCAAAACGUGUUUACUUACCCAACAAGCUGUAUAUUUGUGUGGACUGACGUAAAAAUGUGAAUGCCUCCAAGUGUACACAUAGUGGUGUGGAGUUCUGUCGAGACGAUAAAGCUGAAUGUUUUUAAUUUGCUGAUUUACAGACACGGGCUGUUUACAAAAUGCUAAUGGAAAGUCUGUACCUUUCACAUAGUAAAUUUUUCUUUGCUUUUGAGCACCUGUUCUGUUUCUGAGGAGACGAGAGAAGGUGUUGUACUUACAAACUGGAGAGUUAGGCAUAAUCCCUCCUGGCUUUGUGUGAAUAGCUUGCUCACUUUGCUGGCCUCUGAAUUGUGUGUUCUCUGUAGUAAACUGUCCGUGUGUCUGUGAUAACAGUGCUUGUCAACCACGACCACCAUUGAGUACCUUCCUAGUUGUUCAUCUUGCACAGCACUGGAAAUGGUAAAGGAUGUGCUUCAUUCGUGAACGGCAGGCACCAGAGGGCUGGCGUUCUGGACGGUGACUGUGCACACUCCCCCUUAGUUUAUCUCUGUAAUCCUAUAGGACGAUCUGUAAUCAAAUAGUAUACUGGACUGUGCAUCAAAGGGAUGUAAAAUUACAGUAUUCCAAAGGUUGAAGUUCUGUUUUGUUAUAAUGCCUGAUCUAUAUCUUGAAUAAAGUCUUAACAUGUUUCUUUUAAAA